AGCAACUAACCUGAUAUCAUCUUUGGUGAUACAUGUUCAAUAUAAAGGCGACGGAGCAUUCGCAACUGGUACUUAUCGACAUCAUCGGCCCGUCUCGCUUACACCAGACGAACAGACCAAUCACCAAAACCCAAAACACAAUAAACUUCCAACAUGUUUCUUGUCUCACCUGAAAAAGACACCCUUGCAAUUUCGCAUUAAAGUUGCAACAGGGAACAUCGCCCUACGCACCAUUAGGCUUCCCUAUAAACAGCACGAGCCAGUACCUGAAAGGAGCUCAACGGUCAGAGAUGCGACGAUCCUCAGUAAGGCUGACAGCUGCUACGCCACGUAUUCAUCAACCUAUAACGCAAGCGACAGAUCCGGACAUCUCGUUUUAUCGCUUUCAUCGAUAAAAAUAUAUUGGUUUCGUGUUUGAGUGCGAAGUGCGGAUGGGAUUGAGUUUUUUUUAGAUUGCACUCGUCACUGAUUAAUUCUCGUGGUCGCCUUUCCAUGUCUUUCAGCUGAACUUCAUCAACCUCUUCAUUUCCUCUUUCCUCACGUUCUCUACUAUUUCACGCCUUAAGAUGAUCCCUCGCCAGUAUAUAAGUGUUGUUCUGUUUAUCCUACCGCUAUACUACCUGACACGUAGCUUCAGUCGUUUCUACGGGUUGUUCCAUGAACAUUCUGGUAUCGCUAUCACCCAGGCGGAGGUAGUGCGUGGUCAUGCGUUUGGGAAUUCUUCGUAUUUGGGCGAGGGGAUAGGAAAGGAGGAAGAGCAUAAGCAAGUGAUCCCGAAGAUUAUACAUCAAGUUUGGCACAAUUGGAAUGGAGGCCAGGAUCGGGAUUUGGAUAAUCAGACGUUACCAGAGGAUUGGGAGAAGCUGAGAGGUACUUGUAAGGCUUUGAAUCCAGGUUGGGAGUUUAGGGUAUGUUCAUUUCUCAUUUUAUAAGAUUGUGUUCCUUUGGGGUUACUUGUCAUAAUUGAGUGCCGAGAAAUGGGACUGUAAGGAGAAUUGACUGACAUUUAUUCUAGCUAUGGACGGAAAAGACAUCCAGAGAAUUUCUUGCACUGAAUUACUCUUGGUUUCUCAAAACCUACGAUGGAUACAGACAUCCAGUCCAAAGAGCCGACACAAUACGCUACUUCCUAAUGAGACACUACGGAGGAAUCUACCUCGACCUAGAUAACGUAAGUUCCUCACUCAGCCUCAAAUAUCCCAAACGCCCAGAUACUAACACAAAACCCCAGGGCUGCAACGCCCCCCUCAAGCCCCUGCUCGCCCUCCCGGUCUUCAUAACCGACUCAGGCACCCGCUCCCUCCCAAACAACAUAAUGGGAGCCACGCCCUCACACCCCUUCUUCACCCUUCUCACCAACUCGCUCCAUUCCUACUCCUACAACUACGUUUUCCCCUACAUGACCGUCGCCUACGCCUCGGGACAAUGGUUCCUGACCGCCAUCUGGGAGCAAUACCACGGCAUGGUAUCCGUCGCCGCCUCGCUAAACGAGGAAGAAGGCGGGGAGUGGGAAGUUUUAGGCGUGAAGAGUGAUAUGAGACUCCACCGCGUGAUGAUGGAGGAGGGGAAGGAGGAUGAAUGGGCACUUUUUAGCAAGGGGCGGGGUGGAAAUUGGGUGAGGUGGGAUAAUAGGGUUUUUGGGUGGGUGGAGGAUCAUGUUAUUUUGGUGCCGCUUAUUUUGGGGGCUUGGGUGAUGGCGCUUCUUGGGAUGGGGGCUAGUAUCUUGAAGUUUUUGAAGCGUUUUAGCAGGACGGAGACGAGGAGGAGGGCGAGGGGGAGGGCGAGGGGGAGAUUUGUGAAACUUAGGGGGAAGGAGGAUGAUGAGGUUUGA